AAGAUAGACCAAUUCGGAUAAGGGGCUUUCGGCUGGCAGCGUCUACAAGAAAGAUAGGAGCAUCGUUGAAAAAGCUUGGGAGCAAGGUAGAACCAGAGCUCAAAAAUGGUGGUCAGGAUUCGGUUAUCAAGGUUGGGGUGCAGGAACAAUCCAUUCUACAGGGUCAUUGUUACUGAUAGUAAAACAACAAGAGAUGGCAAGAACCUUGAAGUUUUAGGUUUCUAUAAUCCUCGAUCAGGCAAAGAUUCUGAUAAAAGAAUGGGUCUCAAACUUGAAAGAGUGAAGUAUUGGCUUUCUGUUGGAGCCCAACCUUCAGAUACUGUAGAGAGUCUUUUAUUUCAAGCUGGUUUACUGCCUCCACCACCAAUCGUGACAAUGGAACAUCAAGGUGGACCAUGGGAUAAAUUCCCUGUUGAUGCUUUAAAUGGACAUACCCUGAACCAAGAGCAGCCAGCCAAUUCUGAUCACAAAGAAGAUGAUGGUAUAUCUCCUGAAGCUAUAUUUGCUAUUGGCUUACAAGUUAAAUGAAGAUAGUAACUUCCAUAUGUCUGGAGAAGGUAAGUGGUGUUGUGAGCUGUCAUCCAAAGCAAGGGCAAGACUUUGAUCAAAUUUUGCACCCUGUUAAAUGCUACAUAUAAAUAGACUGAUAGGUUAUCUUUCUUUUGAAGCACCCGUUAAUUUGUUUUCUAGAACUUUUUACGUGAGGAAGAUGCUAGUACAAUAAUGAAAGUAGCUAAUUUUAUUUUGGAGUUAUUCCUCUACCCUAUCAUGGAUGUAUGCUCGGCAUUGUUGUCUAUUAUCUAGUUGACUUUUAUGUUUCUGCAA